GCGAUAUUGAUAGCAAUAACAAUAAUACAAUUCUACUUUUAUUGGCAUGACAAAUUGACAGUGUUCAAUGUUCAUUACAAGAUUAAAUUAUUAUGAUUGUGACUCACAGCUCGAAAAACCAGGACUGGUAAUGGUUUUUAAAUGCAAAUAUGGAAGAACCAUAUGAAAGAGAAUUGUACAAUUUAUUCAAAAGUGAGUGCAACGCUAAUGGAGUCGUAGAUCAUAAUGGCGUAGAAGCUUUGUGUGAUACUUUACAAUUGGACUUCAAUCAACGAGAACACAUUUGGUCAUGUUUGGAUCGAUGUCCGAGUGUUUCAUUUCAACAGUUUCGAGAUGCUUUAGUUUAUUUAGCAAAUAAUGGCGUUAAAGAUGUAAAUGAACCAAGAGAGUUAUCACCGGUAAGGGAAAUAUCACCAAAAUAUGUUUCUGGUGCAAAAAAAUAUGGCCGUCGAUCGAAACCUCGAGAUGACAAUUAUAUCAUUAGUCCACUGCAAUCAUCACCGAACGAUAUGAAGAAUAACUGUAUGUCAUUUUCUCCUCGAAAACUGGAAUAUGAAAAUGGAGCGUCAAAUUUAAAGUCUAACGAACUACAAGAAAAAAAUAGAAUGUUAUCUCAUGGUGACGAUAAAAAUUAUACAUUAAAUGAUCGUUUGUCAAUGGACAAACAUGGCUUGAGUCUGGCUUGUGAACAUUUAGAAAUUACGCCUAGCGGUCUCAUUUCAAAAGUUCAACUAUACGAUGUGGUUCAACACUUUGGUAAUAAUGAAAAACUGUUUGAAAAAAUUAAUGAAAAAUACACAAACGAUGACAUACCCAUUAAAGAAGUACUUGAAAUAAUCAACAACUUAGAUUUUCGAUCUAUUUCACCGGACUCUGAAACAUCGACGUCGGGCGUAUCUUCUACGUCGUUUUACAAUAACGGGGACAACUCUCCCAGUUCAAUGUUGGUAAAUGUGAACACCAUAGUUGAGCUAUGGGAUAAUUGUUGCAUACCCGAGCCAAUAAACUUAUUGCAAGACCUCGGGAUAGAUCCGUCUUCAGAAUCUAUGUUUAAUUUACUUGAAUUAAUAUCUAGUAUAAGUGCUGAAUUUCGCAAAUUGCAUAAUAACAUUACUGUUUCUACGUUACCAAGUUAUGAAAUCAUACAUUCGGCUUUUGUUUUACUGAAAGCGUUGAAUUCAUUAAACGAAUAUCAGAAUAAAUGGCUCAAGAUGAUUAUUGAACAGGUGAGUUGUGAGAAAGAUAAAUUGAAGUAUGACGUGGACACUGCCAACAACAGAGCCGCUAUGCUUGCUCAAGAAGUUGAUGAAAAUCAUAUGCGUUUAGAAAAAUCUUCGACUGAAAAAAUUAUUGCUUUAGAGCAUAAACACAAUGAAGAAAGAAAAACACUAAUCGAUCAGUGGGGAUUAGAAAAAGAUCAUUUAUUUAGUCAGAACAAUAUGCUCAAUGAAAAAUUAAGAGAAAUUAAAAAUUAUGAAUCAGAAUUACAAUCUGAACUCGCAACAAUAAAAAAACAAUUGAGUAAAUUAGAAAAAGAAAAUUCUCAAUUAAAUGAAUGUUUGGAAGAAACAUUAGAAAAGAAUGCUGCGUUGGAAAUACAUGUACAAGAAAUUCCAAAAUUAAAGCAAAAGGAGUUGGAACUCGAAGCAAACAAUGGACAAAUAAUAGAUCUAUUGGAGAAAAUUGAUAACUUGAAAAAUGAAAAUAAAACUUUGAGAGAUCAAAAUGACGAAUUAGUAAUUGAACUCGAAGCAGUUAAAGGAUUGCAUAGUCAAGAUCAUGAUAGAUCAUUUGAAAGUAAUGUGAGAAAUUUCUUAGCCGAAGAAAACAGUCCAAAUUGUUUUGGUAAAAUUAAUAUGUAUUCUACGACAAAUGAUUUGGCUGAAGAAUGCACUGAUUCAACCAACACCUCGGAGACGUAUACAGUCGAAUCUGACAGUAGCACUUGGAACAAAGAUGAACUUUCUAGCGAUUUAGAACAAAAAUGUCCGUUGACCUCAUCCACGCUUGUUAACAAUAUCAAAUCCACAUUAUCGCAAUCGCAAAUCAAUUCAGAUCAAUUAAACGAACUAAUUAACUAUUUGGAAUUAAUGAAACAAAAAUCACAAUCAUCCGACCAGAAAAAAACUUUACCCGUAUUACAGCAUAGUCCAGAUAGCGUGAUUUCGUCAUCGCCGUUGGCCAAGUAUCCCACUCGGCGUUCGUUGAUCGAACAAUUUGAAAACUCUUCUUUAGAGUCGACAUUUGUGGACUCUUCGCCGACAAACACUAAUAGUGAAAUUGAAUCACUACAACAGCUGUACAACAAGUGCAAAAUGGACAACCAAGAAUUGCACAAACGCUGUGAACAACUUACUGCUGAUUGGGAAGCAAGGUACAGCGACUUGGGUGAAGUCGCCGACAAAGCUUUGGACGAAGCAAAACGUUUGAAAGACGAAUGCACAGGGUUGGAAAAUGGCAUGGAUGCACUUCGUAAUGAAUAUUACGAGUGUGAAGAAUAUUGGUCAACGAAAUUGGAUGAAGAAAGAAAGCUGAAUGAAAUGGAAAAGAAAAUGAAUGAAGAAAAAUUGAACGACUUGGAAGUCAAAAUAAAAGAGUACAGUGAUAUGUUACAAGCUGAAACUUCCGAUAAUAAUAAAUUAUCUACGAUCAAUGAAAAUUCUGAACUCGAAGAACAGAUCAAUUGCAUUCAAACAGAAUUUAUGGAAUAUCAAACUAAAACUGAAGAGGAGUUGUUUAGAUUAGUAAAAGAAAAUGAUGAAUUAAAAUGCAAAAUAGUUCCACUAGUUGAAAAAGUUGACCGCGAAGUUUCUGUUUGUAAAUUAUCGGAAGAAUGUGAAAAAUGCAACGAAAACUUUACGGCUUAUAAUGAAUUUAAAACCAAACAUUUGAGUCUAAAAAAAUCGUGUCAUCAAUUAAAUAAAGAAUGCCAUAUGCUUGUACUACAAAGAAACAGAUUAAGAAAUGAAAUAUCAAAUUUACAACAGUAUUUCAUCAAAUUAUCUAAUAAUCAGCCAACUCGACAGGACGUCUAUUACAGUAACCAAUUAUCUACCGAGGCUAGGAAAUGUAAAGAAUUGGAACAGAAGCUGCACAGCGAGCAGGCGAGACAUCAAAAACUUACAGAUGCUAUAUGGAAAGAACAUCAGUUGAAAGUAGACGAAGUUCAUAAAAUAUUACGGUCCUUGCAGGACAGACUCGAAGAACAAAUUAAACUGAGAAAAGAUAAAACUAAGCAACUUAUGAGUGCCGAUAUGGUAGUCAAAGAACUAUUUAUUGAUAACGCUAAACUUAUGUCAAUGGUACAUAAUCUUCAAUUGCAAAUUGACCAUUCAUCGACUUACAACUCAAUGUAAGAAUCUAUAUUAUUUUUGUACAUUAUUUUUUAUAUUUUACUUAUUAUUGUUAUAUACUAUAAUAUUUUGCAACCUAAUGUUAAAUUUUUUUUUUUUUGAAAUUGUAAUUAUUUAUAGUUUUAAGGACUCGUACACUAAUUUUUAAGGUGUGGACUUUUUGUUUUGUUUUUCAUUGAAUACGUUUUGAGUUCCCUAAGUAUACUAAUAAUUAUCAUUAUUGUAUUUUUAUUAUAUUGUAAACAGUGCCUUAUAAAAGAGCUUAUCAAAUGGCUCUGUCAGCCAUAGUAAUAAAAACUGUAGCAGGGUAUUUUCUAAAAUAACUAAAUAUAUGUAUCCUUGGAAAACGA